AUGGUUGGUGAUGCAAAUUCCAAACAGCGGUAUGCGGCUACGAUAUCCGUAGCGGCGUUUUUCAGUGUGGCGAGAGGAAAAGUAACAACCCCCAAACGACUCGCCCACAUAUUUGGUUCGAUGUCCCUUUCCGAAAGAGAAACAAACGCGAUCAUGCAUAAGAAAGCAUCAAAACGAAAUCCGGGAGAACUGGAUGUAGAUAAUCGUCAAUUAUGUCGUAUAUUCAGAGUAGCGAUUCAACUUUUCACUCGAGACGGAGUAAGUACGCCAAACAAGUACAACGGAUAUACACUGGCUAACCUUCAGUGGAAUAAGCAUACUGAAAUCCGGAUAGUUUGUGGACCGGCAGUUCGGAGGCAUUGGAAAGGAAACACGAGGUGA